AUGGAGCCAGUGGAGACACGGGAAGAUGCCGAUGUAGUUAUUCCUAGAGAAGUUGUUAAAAAGGUUCAAGAAAAGUUUGACAAUGUGCUAUAUGGUUACUUCCUAGGGAAUAGAUUGCCGUUUCCUGUAGUUGAAUACUAUGCGAAGAAUGUCUGGGCUAAGUAUGGUUUUUCAAAGCUCAUGAUGAACACUAAUGGUUUCUUCUUCUUUAAGUUUGAUUCUAAAGAGGGGCUUAUGAAAGUGCUUGAAGGAGGGCCAUGGUUGAUAAGAAAGAUGCCGUUGUUUUUGAACAUAUGGUCUCCUAAGGUUAGUCUACGAAAAGAGGGUAUCAAAUCUGUUCCUAUUUGGGUUAAAUUGCAUAAUGUGCCAAUUUCGGUAUACACGGAUGAUGGGUUAAGUUUACUGGCUUCAAAGUUGGGGGUUCCAAAGAGUUUAGAUUCGUAUACGGCGGAUAUGUGUGCUGAUUUUUGGGGUAGGAGUAGCUAUGCUCGUGCUUUGAUUGAGGUUAGUGCUGAAAAUGAACUUAAAGAUCAUAUCACUAUUGCUAUCCCUAAAAUGGAUGAGGAGGGUUAUAUUAUGGAACGUGUGAAAGUUGAAUAUGAAUGGAAACCGUUACGAUGUGCAACAUGUUGCUUGUUUGGUCAUGAUGAGACCUCAUGUUCUAAAGGGGAUAAAGGUAAAGCAAAACAAGUGGUUAUUGACGACGAGGGCUUUGUUACGGAUAGGAAGCGAGUGGCAAAACAAUCGUUUCCUCAGAAAAAACAAAAACCAAAGGUUAUCUAUAGGCCAAAGUUGAACAAGUUUGGAGCUAGUACUUCGGGCACGAAAGAGUCUAGCGGUGGGCAGCCGACGGUGAAAGUUGCAAACAAGUUUCAGGUUCUAGAUAUGGAAGGCGAUGGAGAGGGUUUAAAGGAUGAUAACAAGGCUGAUAAGUCGGUUCCAAGUGGUAGCCAUAGUAAGAAUGAUGAGGUAAUGGACCAACUUCAAACUGAAAUUUCAGAUUAUAUGUGUGCUGGCAUGCAUGGUAGUACUUCUGAGGGGGCAAGCACUCCCGGGACUACUGGUGUCAAUGGAUAG